AUGGUCAAGAAUAAUUUCGGCAAGAAUUCGAAGCGGAAGCCCGUCCGCCUACGACACAAGAUUGAGAAAGCCGCGGCGGCGAAGCAACGGAAGGCGAGAAAGCUUGCGAAGAAGAACCCCGAAUGGCGCUCCAAGGUCAAGAAGGAUCCCGGUAUCCCCAAUCUGUUCCCAUUCAAGGACAAGAUUCUUCAUGAGAUCGAGGAAAAGAAGAGAUUGAAGGCAGAGGAGCAACAGCGUCUCAAGGAGGAAGCACGUGCUCGACGAAUGGCCGAGAAGCAGCAGUCACAGGAUGGAGAAUCUGUCCCCAACGCUAUGAUCGACGAUGAUGAGAUUGAUGAGGAUAUGGAUGAGGAUGAUCUUGACUCGUCGAAUCCCAUGGCUGCUCUGCUUGCCUCUGCCCGUGCGCGGGCCGCCGAGUACGAGGACGAACACGGUGAUGAGAGUGAUGAGGAUGACGAAAUGGACGAGGACGACGACGAGGAUGAUGAUGAUGAUGAUGAUGAUGAUGAUGAUGAUGUGGACGGCAUGGACGAAGACGAGAAAGAAGGCGGGGCUACGCUUGGCGAGAAUAUCCCCGAGCUGGUCUCACAACCCAUCUCGAAAGAAAAUUCACGGCGGGCGUUCGACAAGGUGUUCAAGCAGGUCGUUGAGGCUGCGGAUGUGAUCUUGUACGUGCUCGAUGCUCGUGAUCCGGAAGGCACCCGGUCGAAGGAGGUCGAGCGUGAAGUGAUGGCUGCAGACGGAGGCUCCAAGAGACUGAUCUUGAUUCUGAACAAGAUCGAUCUGGUCCCCCCUCCUGUGCUCAAGGGCUGGCUGCUGCACUUGCGCCGAUCCUUCCCCACGCUGCCUCUCAAGGCGGCCAAUGGCUCGGCCAACGCACACACCUUCGACCACAAGCAGCUGACGGUCAAGGGCACCUCGGAGACGCUCUUCCGCGCCCUCAAGUCAUAUGCCGCCAACAAGCAGCUGAAGCGGUCAAUCUCGGUCGGCAUCAUCGGUUACCCCAACGUGGGCAAGUCGUCCGUCAUCAAUGCGCUGACUGCUCGUCUCAACAAGGGCUCGAGCAACGCAUGCCCCACUGGCGCCGAGGCCGGCGUUACCACCAGUCUGAGACAGGUGAAGCUGGACAGCAAGCUCAAACUCAUUGAUUCGCCCGGUAUCGUCUUCCCCAACUCCAGCGAUAAGAAGAAGAGCAAGAGCAAGAAGGACGAGCAUGCUCGCCUGGUUCUGCUCAAUGCCGUCCCACCCAAGCAGAUUGAGGACCCCAUCCCCGCCGUCAGUCUGCUCCUCAGACGUUUGUCAUCAUCCGAGCAGCUCAUGUCGAAGAUGCUUCAACUCUACAACAUCCCGCCGCUCUUCCCGUCGGGUAACGAUCAGACCACCGACUUCUUGAUCCAGGUCGCUCGCAAACGCGGUCGUCUCGGCAAGGGCGGUAUCCCAAAUCUUGAGAGCGCCGCCAUGACCGUGAUCAACGACUGGAGAGAUGGACGCAUCCAGGGCUGGGCCACCGCUCCAGUCCUGCCUUCUGUCGUGACGACCGCCCAGGGUGGCUCGACUGCCCCUGUCGAGUCAGGUGUUGACACAAAACAGAUUGUCCCCGAGUGGGCUGCGGAGUUCAAGAUCGAGGGUCUCUGGGGUAAUGGCGAGGGGGACGACGAGGAGAUGGCGGAGUAG